AUGCUUGAUAAUGAGAUAUUAAGCAAAUAUGAAAUUCACGAAACCUUAGGUAUGGGAUCUUUUGGGAAGGUUCAUUUGGGUAUCCAUAAGAAAACGAAAAUAAAAGUUGCUAUAAAAUUGAUAAAUAAAAAAAAAUUAUUUGAUAUGAAUAUGGAAGACAAAAUUAGAAAAGAAACGAACAUAAUGUUAAGAUUAUAUCAUAAGAAUAUAGUAAAUUUUUACGAGAUAAUGGAUGUAUAUUUUUAUAUAAUAUUUGCAUUUGAAUAUGUAGAAAAUGGAGAAUUGUUUGAUUAUGUUGUACAUAAAUUAAGAUUAAAAGAAUUGGAGGCAAAGAAAUUUUUUUAUGAAAUUGUAUGUGGAGUUGAGUAUCUUCAUGAUAAUUAUAUUUGUCAUAGAGAUUUAAAGUUAGAAAACAUUUUAUUAGAUAGAAAUUAUAAUAUAAAAAUAGUAGAUUUUGGUUUAUCUAAUUUUAUGAAAAAUGAUUUUUUAAAAACUUCAUGUGGAUCACCUAACUAUGCUUCACCUGAGGUUAUAUCAGGAAAAACUUAUUUAGGAUGUGAAAUAGAUGUGUGGUCAUUAGGUGUAAUUUUAUUUGCGAUGUUAUGUGGUUUUUUACCUUUUGAUGAUGAAGAUAUACAUGAUUUAUUUGAAAAGAUUAGAAAUGGGAUUUUUUCAAUUCCUGGUCAUGUAUCUUAUUAUGCAAAAGAUUUAAUAAAGAAAAUAUUAAUCGUUGAUCCAAGUAAAAGAAUUACAUUAAAUCAAAUCAAGAAACAUCCAUGGUUUUUUAUAGAUUAUAAUAUUUUAGAUUUAAUGAGUAAUAAUAUAAUAAAUUAUUAUAUAGACAAAAAAAUUUUAAAAUAUUUAAUAAAAAUAGGGUAUACAUUCCAUAAAAAUCAAAAAGAAAAUAAACAAAAUGAUUACAAUUAUAACAAUAUUUUAUUAGAUAGAGAUGAAGAUUGUCAUUUUCUUUUUGAUAAUUAUUCUAAUAGAAAAAAGUACACAAAUAAAAAAAAUGUUAUAUUUUACAAUCAGAUGGACAACAUAUAUUUUGCACAUAAAUUAUUAUAUGUUAAUAAAAUUAAUUCUGAAAUAAAAAAAAAGAAAUAUAAGUUAAAUUCUUUUUAUAAUAUUUUGCACAUAUAUAAUUUAAAGAAUUUUUUUUCAAUUAAAAAUGAUGAUACAGACAGUGAUGAUGAUAGAACUAGAAACAAAAUGUUGUGCUUUAAUAAAAAUUUAAAUUUAAUAAAAAAAAAAAUAAAGAAUAAAAUUUCCAGUAGGAUGCAUACACGUAAUAUCACAAAUAAUAAUUUAAAAUCCAAUUCUAGUAAUAAGUUAAAUCUAAUCGAAAAUAAUACAUAUUUCUUGGGGACUUUUCAAUCAAAUAAAAAGAAAACAAAUAUUCCUGAAAAACCAAAUGAAUCAUUGGAGAAAGUUGAGUAUAAUGAUUGUCAUAAAAGUGACUCAAGAGAAACAUCUGAUGAUGAUUAUACAUAUAAUUUUGAAGAAAGAAUACUAUUUUAUCAUAAUUAUCAUAAUAAUAUAUACAAUUAUAAUUACUGUUGUGAAAAUGAGAAAAAUAAUGAUGUAAAUAAUUGGAAGUUGGGUAUAGAAACUUAUUUGGAUAUUGAUAAAAUUUUUACAAUUAUUUUAAAUAAUUUGGAGAAAUUUAAUUUCAUUGUAAGAUUUUUAGAUAUUAAUAAAAUCUAUUGUUAUAAAAAAAAAGAAUUAAAAAAAAAACAAGAUGUUAUGAUAGAAAAUAAUAAUAAUUAUAAUUCUUUCAAUUCUAACAAUUUUAUAAAAGAUGAUUUAAAUAUAAAUAGAAUGGAACAACAAGAAUUUGAAGAAUGUUGUACUUCUUUUUAUAUGUAUAUAUUUAGUAAACAUAAUUUUUAUUAUAUUGAUUUUUAUUCACUUAGUGGGCAUCUAAUAAAGUGCUCAUUAGAUAUUUUAAAAUUAAGAAGUAGAAUUUAUGAAGACAUCAUUUCUAUAGACAAAACGAAAAACUAA